GACGAGCAGGGGGUGUGUGUCUGUGUCACCCUGUAUAAAGACAACCUCUGUCAGUCCUGCUCGCCUUGUUCUCCUGCUAACAUGGCUCUGCUGAAGGUUAGGCUGCUUGCCUCUGUGGCACGUCACCAGCCUUGUGUGCCUGCCCUGCAGGCCAGGGCCAGUUCCUGGUGGUCUCAUGUUGAAAUGGGCCCCCCCGAUCCCAUCCUGGGUGUGACUGAGGCAUACAAAAGAGACGCUAACCCUAAGAAGAUGAAUCUGGGUGUGGGGGCUUAUCGGGACGACAACGGAAAGCCCUAUGUGCUAAACAGCGUGCGCAAGGCUGAGAAAAUACUGGCAUCAAAAAACCUGGACAAGGAAUACCUGCCCAUUGGUGGCCUGUCGGACUUCACCAAGGCAUCGGCUCAGCUGGCAUUGGGUGACGGCAGUGAGGUGGUUCAGAACGGACGGUAUAUCACUGUACAGACUAUUUCUGGAACUGGAUCGUUGCGUGUUGGAGCAAAUUUCCUGCAAAGAUUCUACAAACACAGUCGUGAUGUAUAUCUUCCAAAACCAUCAUGGGGCAACCACACUCCAAUAUUCCGUGAUGCUGGCCUGGAACUGAAGGGUUAUCGGUAUUAUGACCCCAAGACAUGUGGCUUUGACUUCGCCGGGGCGUUGGACGACAUCUCGAAAAUUCCCGAACAGAGCAUCAUCCUUUUUCAUGCCUGUGCUCACAAUCCCACUGGCGUGGACCCGAGGCAGGAGCAGUGGAAGGAACUGGCAGCUGUCGUCAAGAGUCGACGACUCUUCCCGUUCUUUGAUAUGGCGUAUCAAGGAUUUGCUAGUGGAGACACAGACAGAGAUGCAUGGGCUGUUCGUUACUUUAUCCAGGAGGGACUGAAUGUGGUGGUGUCUCAGUCCUAUGCCAAGAAUAUGGGGCUGUAUGGUGAACGAGUUGGUGCUUUCACUGUGGUGUGCAGCGAUCCUGAUGAAGCUAAGAGAGUGGAGUCUCAGCUCAAGAUUUUGAUCCGUCCGAUGUAUUCCAACCCACCUCUUAAUGGAGCCCGAAUUGCAGCCUCCAUUCUUACCCAGCCUGAGCUGCGCAGUGAAUGGCUCCAGGAGGUGAAAGGAAUGGCCAACCGAAUAAUCAGCAUGCGGGAGCAGCUUGUGUCUAACCUAAAAAAGGAAGGAUCCAUCCACAGCUGGCAGCACAUCAGCGACCAGAUCGGAAUGUUCUGCUUCACUGGCCUACGUCCGGAGCAGGUGGAACGUCUCAUGAAAGAGUUCUCUAUCUACAUGACUAAGGAUGGACGCAUUUCUGUAGCAGGUGUCACAUCUGGAAAUGUUGGCUAUCUUGCUCAUGCCAUCCACCAGGUCACAAAGUGAGAGAGAGCGCAAGUCUUUAAUUGACCCUCACUCAGCAACCAGACUGACAUAUGGAGCACUUUCGCAUUUCAUCUCAAACCAUUACUACAUUAAAACAGUUCCCAUGAUUUUCGGCCUUUGUAAACUCCUUGCCACCUCCAAGAAGAACGCGGUACUACUUUGAAGUGGCUUGUGAUGAGGAAGAACUAGAGCCUUGGUUAAGGUGGCUUUAACCCAAUGUGUACUAGAUGGCAUACAAAAUUAACUGUAGUACAAGUGCUGAAUGGAAGUCUGUAGAAAAAGGUUAUGAUGGGAUGUCCGAUGUGUUUCCUAUCCUGGGGCCUUUGAUUUAAGCCUCUCUGGUAGCAAAUUUGCUUAGUAGUCACUUGAUUUAAGCUUUUAGUUUGCACCGUGGUCCUUUCUUUCCACUUGACAAGUUCCACAUCCAUCUCUGAUGCUGGUAUUGGGAGGGUGCAUCCAUAUGAAUGUCAACCAAUUACAUGUACUGGUUUUUCAAUAAAGUUCCUCUGAGAACAGGAA